AUGCGCGCCAGGGCCGGCGGCGGGGCAAGACGGGCCCCGCGCCAGUGUCGCGCGCGCCGUCAGCCCGGUCGCACGCCACCUACCGAGCCUGUAGUCAGCUGCCAGCCACCAGCCGCCUCCACCGCCUGCCGCCUCAGCGCCUCCACCAACCCCCCGCCCCGCUGCCUACGCGAUCCUGAACUACACAUUCACUCACGGCAAUGGUCAGAAGAUACGAAAGAAUGA